GGUCUCGGAAGUCCGUGCCAGUGACCGGAGGAACGGCGGCGAGAAGGUUCUCGUGGUCUAGAAAAAUCCUGCAAAAAUGUCUCUCUAUCCAUCUCUUGAAGACUUGAAGGUAGACAAAGUAAUUCAGGCUCAAACUGCCUUUUCUGCAAACCCUGCCAACCCAGCAGUUUUGUCAGAAGCUUCUGCACCCGUCUCUCAAGAUGGAAAUCUCUAUCCUAAACUGUAUCCGGAGCUCUCCCAAUACAUGGGCCUGAGUUUAAAUGAAGAAGAAAUACGUGCAAAUAUGGCAAUGGUCCCUGGAGCACCAAUUCAGGGGCAGUUGGUAGCAAGACCUUCCAGUAUGAACUAUAUGGUGGCUCCUGUUACUGGUAAUGAUGUUGGAAUUCGUAGAGCAGAAAUUAAGCAAGGGAUUUGUGAAGUCAUUUUGUUGGAUAAGUGUCAAACCUCAGGAGGGAAUAUCUAA